UAGUGUCUGUAUUAGGUAGGAGACGGAUGCAGUAUACUCUGACCAUGGUUUUUAUUUGUUAACUAGAACCUUUUAGAAUUAGACUAUCUACUCCUUGUACUUAUAGCACUGAGUGUAAACUAAUCCCUGACUACGUCUAUUCCAUUGUUUCAAAUAUUAUUGGGGGGGAAAUGAUGGAGGAACCUUUCUAUGAUUUUGAACAAGAUUCUACAUCGGAUUUUCCAUUCUGGGGCCCUAUGGAUUCUAAUAUCCAACUCCAACCUCAGCCAGAAAAUGGCCUAUCUGACUGUUCUUCUCUGACAGGCCAACUCUCCCCUUGGCCCUCUUUUACUUGCCAGUCCAUGUUCCCUGAUGAUGCUCAGAUUUCACUCACAGAUUUGGAUGGACAAGCUCUGCAGCUGGAGGGAAGUGCUGAACUGGACAGCUCCUUGUUGGUUCAACCAAAGGCUAAUAAACCGCAUAAACAUCACAGGCUAAUUCCUGCUCCCCCUUACAAGGUACAAAGAUAUGCAGCUAAUAUUAGGGAAAGAAAGAGGAUGCUCAGUAUCAACUCUGCUUUUGAUGAACUCAGAUGCCAUGUACCAACUUUCCCCUAUGAAAAGCGCCUCUCCAAAAUCGACACGCUUAGGCUGGCCAUCGCAUACAUUGCGCUGCUGAAUGAUAUCCUAAUCUCGGGCUGCCAUCCCAAAUCCUAUGUGGAACAAUGUAUGAAAAAUGGAUAUAAAAGUCACAAAAAUGCAAUCUGGAACACGAGCGAUCUGACAACCCGCCUCUCCUGGAUCAAAUGGAAUUAAGAGGCACUCAGAACAAAAAGAGGGUUCUUUAAAGACAAUCAGCUGCAAAACCUGAUGACCUGACUGCUGGCGUACCGGCUGUUACAUUCUCACUACUGCAAGCAAAAACAUAGCCUCCUGUAACUUUUAUUAUCGUGACAGGCUUGUAUUCUCUUCCUGUCCCCUGUUGCCCAUCUUCUUUUUAUUGUUUCUAACAUAUUAACCCCUGUUUAAGGGCUUCUUCUUUAUAAAGCAUUUCUCCAGGUUUCUGGAGUCUCUUCCAUGGACAAGGUCUCCUCCUAUAUGAAAAUCAGACUAGAAUUGAAAACAUAGCUUGAGAUUUUCCAAGCUGAUUGGAAUGCCCAAUUCCCAUUAAAAUGAACAGAAACUGAUGAUGAAGGGGCUGGCGUGCUGAGCCCACUGCCAAUCUGACUGACUAAUUGUGUCCCAUUGCUUCUUUGUAUUCCCCCAUUGAUCUGUAUCCAUCUGUUGUCUCUUGUCUUCUAAUUGUAAGCUCUUUGGGGCAUAGACCAUCUUUUUGUUCUUCAUGACGGAAUCCUGGUCCAUGAGAAGAGCUCUUAGGUGUGCCAGUCAUACAUAUAAUAAGUAUCAUCUGUCAGACUUGGUUUCUUGUUUCAAAAUGUGUUUGUUCGGACCAUGGCAAGUGUUUCAAAAGGGGCUUUUGGGUGUCUAUUUGGCACACUUAGAGAAUCCUGAUUCUUAGAGGGCAGGUGCUCAGCACUUCCUGAAUAUUCUCAAGUGGAACACCCAAAAACCAUGGCAACUUGAGAGCUUGUCUCAUUCACCCACAGAAGUUGGUCCCAUGAAAGAUAGUCCUUCACCCACCUUGUCUCUCUACAAAUGGAGCAAGCCAAUGUUGACUUUUUUGAUUCAAUUUUUUUUCUUAAUGUUUAAAGGUGAGAUUUUCAAAAGCAGAGCUUGUUGGAUUAAUUCUGUUCCCAGUGGAAUUGAUGAGACUUUUACCAUUGAUUUCAGUGGCAGCAGUUAGGACAUGCUGGGUGCUUCUGAAAUUCCUGGUCUAAAAGAAUACGGAGAAGCAAUGUUGUGUAUUCAGAUUUGUUCUUGAUAAAUGUUUACUGAAGAGUAAUUUCCACAUGGUACGUGUCAUGUAACUGGCGUUAAUCUUAGGACAUUCAUCUCAUCAUGAACAAAGGUUUAUUUGAAUAAAAGUGUAAUUGUUUUGGCAACCA